ACAGUCUUGAACCCCCGAAAUCUCAAUCUUUUAUUGGCCCAAAAGCCCAAUAGUAGUGACCUAAUAAAUUACCUGCGAAAUAAAAAAAACCGAACGGCGCGAUAAGAUACGACUGUAUGCAGUUUUAAAUAAUUUCCCUGCCAAUCUGUCCCAUGAUUUUUGGUCGUGAGCCAAGCCGAAACAACAGCAAAAAGGAACCCAAAAAAACCCCGUAUCAAUCCACAAUCAGAAAUAGCUGGCUACAUGGUAGGCUUAUCGCAACAUUAUCAACUAGAGCCCCCUGCAUAAAUAGGAGUACUGUGUAAGCCCGGUGGUCAUUGGCAAUCGAUCGACUUCGUGGGAGCCAUGUUCAAGUUGCUGGUGCUCUCCAGCCUUUUGGCAUUGGUGCUGCCUUCGCUGGCGGAAAUCGGUUGGUGGAAAACGAGUCAGUUCUACCAGAUCUACCCAAGAUCUUUCAAGGACAGCGAUGGUGACGGAGUUGGGGAUCUCGUUGGUAUCACGCAACAACUGCCCUACCUGAAGGAAAUCGGCAUUACCGCCACCUGGCUGUCCCCGAUCUUCACUUCGCCCAUGGUUGACUUUGGCUACGAUGUGGCUGAUCUGAAGAGCAUCGAUCCCCUCUUCGGAACCAUGGAGGAUUUCGAGGCGCUGAUAGCCCGCGCCAAGGAGCUGGACAUCAAGAUCAUCCUGGACUUUGUGCCCAACCACACGAGCGACGAGUGCGACUGGUUCAUCCGCUCGGUCGCCGGCGAGGAGGAGUAUAAGGACUUCUACGUGUGGCACACCGGCAAGGUGGUCAACGGCAUCCGGCAGCCACCCAACAACUGGGUCUCCGUGUUCCGUGGAUCUAUGUGGACCUGGAACGAGCAACGACAGGCCUACUACCUCCAUCAGUUCCACGCCAAGCAGCCCGAUCUCAACUAUCGCAACCCCAAGGUCAUGGAGGCCAUGAAGGACGUCCUGCGCUUCUGGCUGCAAAAGGGAGCCUACGGCUUCCGUAUCGACGCUGUACCGCAUGUGUUUGAGCCUCCCGACUGGCCCGACGAGCCCCGAAACGAGGAGGUGAGCGAUCCCGAGGACUACAACUACCUGUUGCACAUCUACACCAAAAACCAGCCCGAGAACGUGGAGCUGGUCUACGAGUUCCGCGAAGUGAUCGAGGAGAUCGACGCCGAGCUGGGCGGGGAUGACCGCGUCCUGCUUACCGAGGCCUACUCCCCGCUGGAUGUCCUCAUGCAGUAUUACGGAAACGAAACCCACAAGGGCUCCCAGAUCCCCUUUAACUUCGAGCUGCUGACCAAGAUCAGCAACAGCUCCGACGCCUACCACUACUCAGAGCUGAUCCACAACUGGCUGGACAACAUGCCCGAGGGCCAGGUGGCCAAUUGGGUGUUUGGCAACCACGACGGCACUCGCAUUGGAUCCCGCCUGGGCGCCGACCGCAUCGACGCCUGCAAUAUGAUCAUCCUGGGCCUGCCAGGCGUGAGUGUUACCUACCAGGGCGAGGAGAUGGGCAUGACCGACGUGUGGAUCAGCUGGGAGGACACCGUGGACCCGCAGGCCUGCCAGUCCAACGAGCAAGAGUUCGAGCGACUCAGCCGAGACCCCGUGCGAACGCCCUUCCAGUGGAGCGACGAGCAGAACGCCGGUUUCUCCAACGCCUCCGUCACUUGGCUCCCGGUGGCUACUGACUACAAGACCGUCAACGUGAAGAAGCAACGCGGAAUCGCCCUGAGCCACCUGAAUGUCUACAAGCAGCUGCGCGCUCUGCGGGAUGAGCCCACCUUGAAGCAGGGUGAUGUCUCCGUUUUGGCUAUUGGUCCCAAUGUGCUGGCCUUCAAGCGCUCCCUGGCUGGCCAAAAGUCCUACAUCACCGUCAUCAACAUCAACGAUGAAGUGGAGUCGGUCAACUUGGACUCUGUCUUCACUUCCAUCUCCACUCAACUGCAAUACGUGGUGGUGAACAACAAGAGUUCGCGCCGCAAGAACGAUCUUACUUUUGCCAACUCCGUACUGCUGAUGCCCAAGGAGGCUGUCGUGCUAAGCACGGUCUAAACUAAUUUAACACCUCUUCAAUAAAGAAUAACUUCCUCCUAGGGG